UUAAACCGAAAGUGAAGUUGGAAGCUUGAGUUGAACUUGAGAAUUUCUUUUAAAUGGCGAGCUUAAAGAAAGAAACCCCUGUCAAUGAACGGGAGAAUGAUACAUGCCACUGUCCAAUAUGUCUAGAAAAGGUGAGAAAACCGAAGUAUUUGUCGUGUUACCACACCUUUUGUGAGGCGUGUAUUGAGACUUACAUUUCAAGUACGGCUACACAUAAAGAAAAUGAAACAUUAUUAAAGUCAAUUGAAUGCCCCGUGUGUCGUACAUGUAUCAAGGCGCCAAGGAAUGACAUUUCAAACGAAGAGUGGGCAUCAGAACUACCCCAGAAUAAACUCGUACUUAGUGUGUCUGUAGAUCCCGAGCAAGAUGAAAAUAAGUAUUGCAUGUUUUGUAAACGAUUGGAGAAAACUGUUACUGCAAAAUACUGGUGCAAAGCAUGCAUGGAAGCUAUUUGCGAAGAUUGCAAAUUAUUGCAUAGAGCAGCACCAAUUUUACAGAAUCAUAAAAUAGUAAAUCUUUCCAACAUCAAGGAGAUGAACAAUGAAGUUGAGAUAGAAGAGUCAUGCAAUUUGCAUAAGGGGAAAAUACUCGAUGUGUUUUGCCACGAUCAUCAAGAGCUAUGCUGUAGUGUUUGUCAUGUCAAGCAGCAUAAAUUGUGCAAGCAUGUGGACACAGUUGAAGAUAUUGCUUUUGAGACAGACAGAAAUGCUAUGAAAAACAUUGCUUUAAAAUAUGCUGAUCUGGAGAAAGUUCUCGAAGAUAUGCUGUUAGAAAACCUAAAUAAAACAGAAAAACUCAUCAUCAGGAAGCAUGAAAUUUGUAUGAACACAGACAAAAAAGUUGAAGAAAUCAAAUCUUUAUUGGAUAAUGCAUAUGCAAAGUGGCUUAAACGAUUUGAACAGAAUCAUGCUGAUUCAAUCGGAAAUAUUGAAAUUGCAUCUGAUGAGUUGAAACGUUUUUCUACUACAGUUCAUGAAGUAAGGAUGAUUCUUCACUCAGUGUUAAAAUGUGGGUCUUCAAAACAAUUAGUCAUAACAAAUCAUAAACUGAAAAAGCAGAUUUCUGCUCACAUCACUCGUUAAAGGUCUUU